UCAAAGACACUUGCCGAAAAGGAGUUACAAGUUACAACAAUGGAGGGAUGGAGGUGGUGAGCCUCGCUUGUGGCCUUGUAGGGGGAGAAACUGUUCUCUCCUAUUUACCUGAAAGCAUGGCACUGCUCAUAUCACAAGCUCUAAACCACCCAUUUGCAUAUCAAAUGCUUAGAUUUUUGGAGGCUUUGCUAGGUAAAGUUCCAGUUAUACAUAUUGAAGAUGUCUGUGAGGCCCAUGUCUUCUGCAUGGAGAAACCCUCAGUAACUGCAGGCAGAUUUUUAUGUGCAAGCGCAUACCUAUCAACAAAGGAGAUAGCGCAUUACAUUCGACAAUAUUACCCAGAGCUCCACAUUGGACAUGACAUCAGAUUCGUGGACGAGGAGCUGGAAGCUGUAGGGGUAAAAUGGGGUUCCACAAAACUGAACGAUCUAGGUUUUGAGUAUAAGUGCGAUAUCAAGAUGAUAAUAGAUCACAGCAUUCAAUGUGCAAAGAAGAUGGGCGCUCUAAGUUGAUUAGAUCGUUCUUCAUCAUCAGUUCCUUUCAAUAAUACUUUCCGAAUCUUUCACUUCAUUGGGAAACUAUAAUCUUAUAUAUGCUUA